AUGAAGUCCUCAUUUUCCCUUGCAGCUCUCGCCUUCUCGGCAACGAAAGUGGUUGCCUUUCCCUCGAGCAUGUUCCAUGUCGACAUAAGUGAAGAAGAAAAGCGAUCUAUCGCAGGAAUUGCUGCUACAAUCGAAGCUGGCGCCAAGAACAAGAGGGCCGGCACUCCACUCGCACCAGGCUUCUCUGCAUCACAGCAAUAUGUUUCAACUACUGGGGAGUAUGCUUUCGUAGCCCCUGGGCCAACCGAUUUACGAGGGCCCUGCCCUGGGCUGAAUGCUAUGGCCAACCAUGGCUACAUUCCACAUAAUGGCGUUGCUACAAUCACUCAAUUUAUUCAGGGAACCUACGACGUAGUUUUUGGCAUGGGAUUGGAUCUUGCGACGUUCCUUGCUGUGUACGGUGCGGUAUUUGAUGGUGAUCUCACCUCCUGGUCCAUUGGUGGACCUCCACCAGCCGGACUUUUGAGUUCAAUUGGCCUUCUUGGAACACCGCAGGGUAUCUCAGGCUCUCAUAACAAGUAUGAAUCCGAUGUUUCUCCUACCAGACCAGACCUAUACGAGUAUGGCAAUGACUAUAAAGUCAUCCUUAGUCAGUUCGAACAGCUGUAUUCCUCACCUCUUGGCCCGAACGGCUACGAUCUCACUACCCUCACUCCGUUCCGUGCGAGCAGAUUCCAACAAUCCAUCGACAACAAUCCCCACUUCUUCAAUGGACCAUUCUCCGGUGUUGCCGUGCAGCCAGCAGCCUACACCUUUAUCUAUCGAUUCAUGUCUAACAAAUCAGCUGAGUAUCCAGAAGGAUAUCUUGAUGGCGACGUCUUGAAGUCAUUCUUCUCUAUCACUGGCGAGCCCGGAAACUUCACGUGGACCGAAGGCAACGAGCGUAUUCCCGAUAAUUGGUACAAACGUGCCAUUGGCGAUGAGUACACCAUCCCGUAUUUCAACGUCGAUCUCUUGGCUGCCGCCCUCGAGUACCCACAAUUCCUGGAUGUUGGUGGUAACACCGGUACAGUCAACACAUUCACAGGAGUCGACCUUCAGAAUGUCACCGGAGGAGUGUAUGACUUGUCGACCCUAGCUCAGGGCGAUAAUGCCCUGUGCUUUGCAUACCAAUUUGCUCAGCAAGCUGCUCCUGAUAUUCUCAAGGGCCUGUUCUCUAGUAUCACACCACCUCUGUCGAAACUGAACUCUGCACUUGCGAGUGUCUUUUCGGAGUUGAGCUGCCCGCAACUGGAGGCGAUUGAUACUGCGCAAUUUGCAAACUAUCCAGGCUCUACUGGCUCAUACUAA